UGAGUUCUCUCAGCGUGCAACUUUUCAGACGUUAGAAUGUGACAGAGGAGAUUUAAAAUUGCAUAAAAAGAAGCCACUAGCGCUGAAAGGAAAAAAAAAAUGUCGCAAAAGCAGAUGAAGGAAGCUUUUGUCAGUAACCUCAAUGGAACCAGUGUGCUGGAAGUGACCCAGGGCUUGUGCUUUCCUGCGUUCUGUAUCCUGUGCAGAGGCCUUUUGAUCAUUUUCUCACAGCACUCGAGUUCUUACUCACACACCUGGACCACACGAUUCUUCAUGGACUUUGUUGUCCUAAUAGUCCCCCUCGUGCUCACUUUGACUAUAUUGUCUUCAUCUAUCCCCCUCGAGACUCUCACUGUAAUUGCCUGUGGGGCGUGGCUGUUGUAUCAGAUAUACCAGAGGAGGACUUGCUAUGCCAGAGUGCCUGUCCAGAAAGUCCUGGCAAACUUCCUGAAAGUCAGCCUAGAAUCAGAGCACAGUCCGGCCAUCACCUGUUUCCGGGUCAUCAACAGCGUAUUUACUGCAAUUGCCAUUUUGGCUGUGGAUUUCCCACUUUUCCCUAGAAGAUUUGCCAAAACUGAGCUUUAUGGGACGGGAGCAAUGGAUUUUGGAGUGGGUGGCUUUAUUUUUGGGGCUGCAAUGGUAUGUCCAGAGGUUAGAAGGAAAUACAUAGAAGGGUCUAGAUUUAAUUAUCUUAGAAGAUCGCUGUAUUCUGUCUGGCCAUUAGUCUUCUUAGGAAUGGGACGGUUAAUCAGCAUAAAAUCCAUAGGCUACCAGGAACACUUAACUGAGUAUGGAGUUCACUGGAAUUUUUUCUUUACCAUCGUAGUUGUGAAGUUAAUAACAUCACUGCUUUUCGUUAUUUUUCCUUUAAAUAAGUCCUGGAUUGUGGCUGUCAGCAUUACUGUGGUAUAUCAGCUAGCCCUUGAUUUUACUCCACUGAAGAGGAUACUUUUGUAUGGCACCGAUGGUAGCGGUACAAGGGUCGGCUUAUUAAAUGCCAACCGAGAGGGAAUAAUUUCCUUGUUGGGUUAUGUAACAAUACACAUGGCUGGUGUGCAAACAGGGUUGUAUGUGCUUAAGAAGAGAGCACAUGUCAGAGACUGGAUAAAAGUUACUUGCUGGCUUUUCUCCGUGGCUGUUAGCUUCUUCGUUUCCCUUUAUAUAGUUCAAGUAAAUAUAGAAGCAGUGUCUCGAAGAAUGGCCAACUUAGCCUUUUGUCUGUGGGUGGUUGCUUCUAGCCUGAUGCUUCUUAGUUGUCUAUUACUGGGUGAUGUAAUUUUGAGUUUUGCCAAAUUUCUAAUUAAAGGGGCUCUAGUACCAUGUUCUUGGAAUCUUACACCAUUGCCUACUACAGAUAAAAAACACUCCGAAUCUCUAAUCUUAGAAGCUGAAAAAAAAGAACCCAGUCUUUGCUUAAUCACAGCUUUGAACAGAAACCAGCUGCUUUUUUUCUUACUGUCAAAUAUAACAACUGGUCUGAUUAACCUGACGGUGGAUACAUUACACAGUGGUACCCUGUGGGCCUUCGUUGUGCUCACUAUUUAUAUGUUUACCAACUGUUUAGUUAUGUAUAUACUUGAUUUACAGGGUAAAACCAUAAAGUUUUGGUGAUGAGUGGGUAGGAGGUAUAUAUUUGAACAGCAUUGUUUUGGUGGAGAAGGGAGCCUAGGACAGCUAGGGCUGCUACACAGAGACCUUAAAAAUCUUUUAAAAACAAAAACAAAGGUGUGGUGAAGGAGCUGUGUUCUUAGCAGUCCAGUCUUUUUUUUUUUUAAGAGAUUUUAUUUCUUC